AUGCUGGAUUUGGAUUACGCGCAGCCUGAUGGAUCCCAAUAUGGCUAUAUGUUCCCCAGUGGAUUUAUCAGUGAUUUGGACUCUUACAAGCAAGAAUCCACAUUUCCUCCCUGCCUUGGAGAUCCGGAGAGCUCCCCAGAGUCUUGUAUGAACUGGCUAGAGAUGCAAGAACCUGGAUAUGAACCCUUUGAGAUAGGACACCUGGCUCAGCUGCAGAAUGUCCAAGCCUCCUACCCCCCUGGCACUUACCCCCAGCCACAGCUCUCUCUGGAACCAGUCUACAACCACGAGGGAAUGAUGCCGGCCCAGAAUUCAGCUAUGGUAUUCAAGGACGAAUACAACACUGAGAUCUAUCUGCCAUACGAACAAUAUUCUGCUCCAAGGGAAAUAUGUAGCCCACUGUCAGAAGAGGGGGAAAUUCACAAGGAUGGCCGGAAUCUGGAAGUAUCUUCUGAGAGUGAUUUGGAUGAGAAUCUCUUGUCUAGGUUUGAUUCUGGCUCUCGCCGAAAACUCCGCCUCUACCAGUUUUUGCUGGAGCUCCUUGAAGGUGGUGACAUGAAAGAAUGUGUGUGGUGGGUGCAGCGUGAUGCAGGCAUCUUCCAGUUCUCUUCAAAGCACAAGGAGCUUCUGGCACAUCGCUGGGGCCAGCAGAAAGGCAACCGCAAAAAAAUGACCUACCAAAAAAUGGCUCGAGCUCUGCGCAACUAUGGCAAAACGGGCGAGAUCCGCAAGGUGAAAAAGAAGCUCACGUACCAGUUUGGGACCUCACUGCUGAGCCCAUCACCUUCUUCCUAA